CCCUCCCUAGCUCCCGGUAAACCAGAGCCUUGGCUGAGCGAAGAUGGCGAAGACCUACGACUAUCUUUUCAAGCUGCUGUUGAUCGGCGACUCGGGCGUGGGCAAGACCUGCCUGCUGUUCCGCUUCAGCGAGGACGCCUUCAACACCACCUUCAUCUCCACCAUCGGAAUUGAUUUUAAAAUCAGAACAAUAGAACUAGAUGGAAAGAAAAUUAAGCUACAAAUAUGGGAUACAGCAGGUCAGGAGAGAUUCCGCACAAUCACAACAGCAUACUACAGAGGAGCCAUGGGAAUUAUGCUGGUAUAUGACAUCACAAAUGAGAAGUCUUUUGACAACAUUAAAAACUGGAUAAGGAACAUAGAAGAGCAUGCCUCUUCAGAUGUGGAAAGAAUGAUUUUGGGUAAUAAAUGUGAUAUGAAUGAAAAGAGACAGGUCUCAAAAGAAAAAGGAGAGAAGUUAGCAAUAGAUUAUGGAAUCAAGUUUCUGGAGACAAGUGCAAAAUCCAGCAUAAAUGUGGAAGAGGCAUUCUUCACACUUGCACGGGAUAUAAUGACAAAACUCAACAGAAAAAUGAAUGACAACAGUUCACCAGGGGCUGGUGGGCCAGUGAAAAUAACUGAAAAUCGAUCGAAGAAGAGCAGCUUCUUUCGAUGCACGCUACUUUGAUGAACUCCUAAUGAUAGACUGCAGCAUACUUAGAAGAACCUUUUCUGCUUCUUUGAAAGCACAGGGUCACAAAGCCUCAGAAAUAAUACCACCAAGCUGCUGCUGAGAGCUUCAAUGAACGUUGACUGCGUUAAACAAAAUACCAAGUGGAUUUUGCUCACUAAGUCCAUCGACCUGUCAGGCUCCUUUUUCUCAAAUGUGGAAGCAAUGAAGUGGAGACACACAAAUGCAGGACUUAAUUUUCUUCAUUACUUUCUGUUUUAAUGUCUGUUGCAAAAGCUGCUACAUUUCUUUUAACUUUGCACAUACAUAUUAGCCUUUUUAUUGCCUGUUACCGCACAAUCUAACACCUGUGUUUGCACAGUUUAUUGUCCUGUAAGUAAGUUCUUUAACAGAUUUGUGCAUUCUUUUUACAAAUGUAUUUUAAAAAGCCAGAAGGAAUAGAUUAAAUCACAUCUCCAGUAGUCUUUGCUCUACACACGUGAUCAUGUCUGCCAUAUGGAUAUGUUUAACAUAAUGGGGCUUAUUAAAACAAAUUGGCAUUUAAGAACUUGUAUAGGUUUUUAUUCAGUUUUUCUCACAAAUGCACAAAUCCGUUCAUACAGAAACUACUGCGUCUUGUAUUCUGAAUGUAGGAUGUUUCUUUUUUACUGGUUUUUACCAAACUUAAGAGAAUCUUUUUAGAGCAGAGUUGUCUUCUAAAUAGAUGUAGUUUUUGUCUCAUUUGUUGAAUGCACCCUUAAAGCAUGUGAAUGAACCCCAGUGGUCAUUCAUUUUUCACCUAGUUUUCUUCUGUUAGCCCAACUCAUCUGCUCCUUUUUUGUUCUUGUUUCUGAUGACACUUGAGUUGAAAUUUUCAACAUAACACAGGUGGGCAUCCUAGCUAUCACUUAAGUGACUUGUGGUAGCUAAGCUGAAUGAGGGUAUACAAAACUCCUGGAUUCUGUUCUCCAGUGUAUGAAGAGUAAUUAGUGAUGCUGAGGAUGUUUGCUUCACACCUCUAAACCUUGACCCUAGCUUCCUGUGUAGUCACUAUAGUUAAGUCCCAUCAGUAAAGAAAAUGGCACACCAAGGCUUAUAAUGCAGUAUUAUGCAGCUGAUACUGAAUAUGUAAAGCCUUCAGUCUGCACAGGCAAUUAUAGAAGUUAAUCAUCAGAAACUGGUGCAGUGAUUUAGGCUGCUACAAGCCAAGUUGAAACUUAAUUGCCUUUCUCACUUCUCUGAACACCUGCAACCUAGUUUAUGUAUUUUAUCACUUGCUUAUUUGUUUUUCAAAGAUCUCUCUCCAUGAAUGAUUAAAAUUGGUGCUUUAGUUUGUUGUGUCAAACUUGACCAUUGUUAGCUUUAACUACAAAUUUAACAGAGUCCACCACUUUGGUUAUAAGGUGCAGAUGGAUUGUCUUGUUGACAAACUGCUAACUUUUCUGACAUGUCUGCUUGUUUCACUACAGUCACUUAACUUUGUGGUAACAACCAAUCCACUGGUUAAUAUGUUAAUGUUUCACUCUGCUUCAGUUUGGGAUGUCUGGUAUUGAAUUUGUCAUCUUGGGGUCUCUCAAAUAUUUUGAAACUAAUUCAGUGGCUUUCUACACAUUCUCCCCACACCGCUACUUAAUUACAGUUAAAGUGAUCCUUGUAAUUAGAUUGUGAAUCACAAUCUCCUAUUCUUACUGAACUAGUAAGAAUAUUUGAGGUAGCAAGAAUGUUCAAAACAAAAACAACCCUAGCUGCUCUGGCCUACACUUUGCAUUUUUCUGGGACAGGCUAAUGCAGUUAAGUUUUCUGUAUGAUAACAAAGUGCUUUCUAUACAGCAACUGUUAUGACUUCAGUUAUGAAUGUUGUUAAUUUUCAGUAAUUUACCUCUGACUUAUUUGGUGUCCUAACACAUAGAUUUGUAUCUUGGGGUUGUCUGCAAACCAAAACUGACAUGUUCUGUGGUUGGCAACUUUUACAAAAUGCUUUGCUUAUGUUGUAUUUCCUCUGUCUUCUUUCUAUUUGGUUCUGUGUAUAAACAAGAUUAGUCUCCAUGAACUUCCUUUUGAAAGAGCCUGUAAGUGAGAGUCUAUAAAGUGCUUCUUGACGCAGCAGCAAAUUGGGGUAUCUGCUCUGUUGUAUUAAAAAGAAAAAAAGAAAAAAAUCCUUGCUAUUUUCUUACAUUUAGCUAUGCUAAACUGUACAUAAAUUUGAGGUAAGACCAUAGGAAAUUCACUUUAUGCAUGAUAAAAUGAUACAGUAAAUAUUUCACUUUGCUUAAUGUUCAUAUAAUGCUCAUCUUUCUCUAUUUGUAGAAGGACUUAGUGACAGAUAAUUUUGUCUGUCCCCUGCUGAAACUGAAGAAAUCCAGUUUCAUGUGAAAACAUUAUGGUCUUAUGGAUAAGGUAAAACAGAUUUUUUUUGCAGCAGUAUUAAGUGGUUGAAGGGCCGCACUUUAUCAGUAUAUUAACUUUUGAUAAUGGUCAACAUAGACCUCUUUACUCAUACAGUCUGUUGUCAGACAUUGAAAAAUGUGCUGUAUUUUAGCAUGUAAAUCAGCUGAUUAUGUUUCACUGGGAACUUUUUCUAGCUAUAUUUUGCUUUAGGCAAGCAGACAAAUAAUAACUGUUAUAUCUGAGCAUCAGUUGCUGGGUGCUGCAGGUUUUCCGAAUACCAGUAUGAUUGUUUUGUGCAGUCUUUUUUGUUGUAACUUUACUCAAGACUAUAAUCUUAAUUUUGAAAGACUCUUUAACUAUACCUCAGUUGACUAAUAUUCUAAUAUCCAUUAAAACAAAAGUGAUCCAAUUAUUAUUCAUUAUACAAAGCAGAAAAUGUGCAGCCUGCCUUGCUCUAAAGACCUCCAUUAGUCUUUAAGGAAAGGCAGGCAUUUCUUUGGGUUUUGUUAGGAAUAGAAGCUACUUGCUAUCAAGUUGGGGUUUUUCCCCCCACAAUUCUCUUCUUCCCUCCCAGUUUGUGCAGUGUGUUCUGUUUUUUUUAUAAAUGGUGAGAAAAUAGAACCUGAAAAUAUAUGGUCUCAAUGCUUCUUUUUCUAUAGCUUUCAAUCCUGUGAUCAGCAAAACAUGCACAUAAAAUGCUUAGUUCUUGUUGAGAAGACAUAGAAUACUUGAUUUAGGUUUAGUUAUUCAAUCUCUUGAAGUUUAAUUAAUGUUAAAACUUCGAAACCACAUAUUAAAUGUAAUGCAAUUUACCUUUAUUGAAUGUGGGGGUUUCUACAGUACUAGUCAAGGUUUUUGAAAAGUGCAGUUUUAUAAAUGGGGUAUUUCCUGUCACAAGUGCAUUUCCUCUUUGUCUUUUGUUUGUCAAGUGAAAUCACAUUAUUUUCACAAGCCAAAAGUGGAGGGGGUGUAUUUUUGAGGGGGUGGGGGGAGGGAAAUUCUGAGAAGAACUCUUGGUGGGUAACAACUUGGAAGAUACAUCAGUAGUAUAUAACAUGCAUAAAUGUGUUGCUAAUUUGUGGCAAUGCAUCGAUCAUCUGAUUAUGUAAUCAAGUGAAAUUUGCCAUGUUAAAGUUUAAGAACAAGCUACAGAUACUGGCUCCUUCCCUCUACUGCCCCCAAGCUGCUUGUGCCACAUUACUCUUAUUAAUAUACUUUGUAUUUCAAAAUGCCAUGUAAAGGCAGGACUUCUCACUUUUUCUUUGUUUCCAGUGAAUUUAAUUGUGUUAGUGCAUUCCUAUGGCCUUAUAAACAUAUAUUUUGCAAAUGACACUUUUACUUGGGAUUACAAUUAUUUUAAUGCAAUAUACAGUUACUAAAUUCAGACUAAAAAGCACGGCCCUAAAGAAAAUGCUUAAUUUUCAAAUAGAAUUGUUCUACCAUGUGUGUGUUUAAGCACAUUUUAUCACUGCUCCAAAGGCGUAAUGUGAAAAUCCUGCAGAUAAAGUGAACUUGUCAUGUUAACUUGUAAACUUAAUCAUUAAUUGUGUACUGAUACUGUGUUAAAAAAGAAUGGUUUUAUUAUUCCAUGUGAACUUUUUUUACAAUAAUGUGCAUCUCAAAUAAAAUUACGUAAUGAAAAAUAUU